AUGCACUUCCGAAAUUUAUUCUUUGUGUUUGGUGUAACAUAUAUCGAGGCGGCGUGGCAAUUUCCUCAGAAGCCUAUAUCCAUCGGACAAAAGCCGAUGUUCGGGAUAGAUGAUGUUGAUAUUGUUACGGGGAGUCAGUUUAAUGGCUUAGUAACAUAUGCGAAUUUGCCGUAUCUUAAUUGUCUAUCGGAUAGCGAAGCCGAAGGAAAGAAGUAUGAUAUUGCAAUUUUGGGCGCACCUUUCGAUACUGGAGUCACGGCUAGACCCGGAGCCCGCUAUGGCCCGAGAGCAAUUAGAAUUGGAAGUGAACGGAAAGAAGCCGAUUUCUCAUGGAGUGUUUAUACUGGUAAAAUACACCUAGUAAUGCUCGAAAUGGCUAUAUUUAACGAGAUACUAGGUAGAAAUCCUCUUCGGUCAUGGGCAACUGUUGUAGAUUGCGGCGAUGUGCCGCUGACUUGGUUGGAUAAUAAUGUCGCCCUAGCUCAGUUAGACAAAGCUCAUGCAGUUGUUUCGGGUAGAAAAGCAUCUAAUGAAAGCUAUUCUACUCACCCGAGAAUCAUAACAUUAGGCGGAGACCAUACCACAACGUUGUCAGCGUUGAGGUCGACUUAUAAGCGGUGGGGAGAAGUUUCUGUUAUUCAUUUCGAUAGUCAUAUUGAUACUUGGGAUCCCGCAGUAUUAGGGGGUGGCCUGUCGGAUUAUGCAGGCUUGAAUCAUGGAACUUUUCUUCAUAUCGCUCACGAGGAGGGGCUCAUUCGUAAUACCUCUAUCCAUGCGGGUAUUCGCGCCCCUCUCUCGCGUAGAAAAGGUGAUAUGAGGAACGAUGUUCGUUGUGGGUUUUCUACCGUAAAGGCUCGCGACUUAGAUAGGAAUGGCGCCGAAGGCAUCAUUUCGCUGAUAAAAGACCGAGUUGGAGAUUCGAAAGUCUAUAUUAGUGUAGAUAUCGAUGUCCUUGAUCCCGCGUUUGCACCAGCAACCGGAACGCCCGAACCCGGAGGCUGGUCAUCAAGAGAGCUUCUCACAAUUCUGGACGGGCUGAACGGUCUUGAUAUCAUUGGUGGUGACGUCGUGGAAGUGUCGCCUAUUUAUGAUACUUCGGGACAGACAACAGCACUUGCUGCCGCCGAAGUCGUUUACUCGCUGAUCGAGUUGAUGGUUGAAAACCCGGUGAAUCACUAA